AGUGCGGAGAACAAGUAACCGACUGUACAUACACAGGCAUCGGAAGAUAAGAGUAGGUGAACUGGUGAGCGGGCGUUGGCUUCGCUUGUCUGCGCGACGGCGGGUCCGGGUCGGCAAGCAGUAGGCUCUGGCGCUUCGCGACGAAUCAACGGCGUACGCGCAUCCGACGCCACAAAUUAUAAUAAUAUUAUCUAGGGCGUUCUCGUGUCAUAGUUUUCCGUUUCCCUUUGCUUGCUACGGAAGAAGUGUGCACUGUGAACAUCCUGAUUUAACAAUUGUAACGAUUUCGUUCGAAUCUAGGUUUCGUACCAACGAUAUGGCUGCAAAAAUCUGAUGUGCCAAAAAUUUAAUUCAGUGUACUUAUCUAUAUGGGCUAUGUGAUAGUGUCAAGUGAGUGACCGGUAUUGUUUUGAAUUUUUUUAUUUAAUUUUGCACGUUCGUGUUUCGUGAACGUACUCGGCUGCCCGGAUUUCUUGGAAAUUGUCAGUUUUAGUUUUUGUGAAUGAGUCAGCUAACAGGCGUUGGGAUUGUUAACUUUGUCAACGUGCUGCCCACCAUAUCCGAAGGCGUGACAAUGAGAGAGAAAAGGGGCGGCGCUAUGAGCAAAAUGCAAAAGCUUCGAAAGCGCCUGUCCUUGAGCUUCGGAAGGUUAUCAACGAAAGACGAGUCGGACGGCGACAACGGCGAAUGUCGAGGGCGACAGCAGAACGGCGGGGCCCGGGGGAAGCUCUCUUACAAUGGAUACUCUGAAGAGUGUCUCGAUCGACUGGAGCCCAACGGAAAUAUACCUAAUGAUAAGGACUCCCAUUACGAGUGGAGCGAAGGUGGCAACGGUGAAUACCGUGUCCGAAGACAGUUGUCGGUCUCUUCAGAUUCGAAGCUCCUGGACGAAGGUGCGAGGGAGGAGGCGCGAGUUGUCAUGAGGCCGAAGCGACCUCCCAGACCCAAGAGUGAAGCGUUCCUCGGGCCUCACGAGCAGUCCAGUAGACGCACCAAGCGAUUUAGUGCCUUUGGGGGUGACUCUCCGUUCGGUAAAUCCGAAGCUUACAUUAAACUGGAGCAGCUCGGUGAGGGUUCCUACGCUACAGUAUAUAAAGGUUAUAGCAAUUUAACGCAACAAGUGGUAGCGCUCAAAGAGAUCAGACUGCAGGAGGAGGAAGGCGCGCCCUUCACCGCGAUAAGGGAAGCCUCGCUCCUCAAAGAGCUGAAACACGCGAACAUAGUCACGUUACACGAUAUAGUUCACACUAGGGAGACCCUGACGUUCGUCUUCGAGUUUGUGGAUACGGAUCUUUCACAAUACAUGGAGAGGCAUCCCGGAGGACUGAAUCAUCACAACGUUAGGCUAUUCAUGUUCCAACUGCUGAGGGGACUCUCCUAUUGUCAUCGGAGAAGAGUAUUGCACAGGGACGUGAAGCCGCAGAACCUGUUGAUAAGCUCCCAGGGCGAGCUGAAGCUGGCCGACUUCGGUCUGGCGCGGGCCAAGUCGGUCCCGAGCCACACGUACUCGCACGAAGUGGUCACGCUAUGGUAUCGACCACCAGACGUUUUAUUAGGUAGCACGGAGUAUUCGACGUCGCUGGACAUGUGGGGCGUGGGCUGCAUAUUCGUGGAGAUGAUCUGCGGCGUGCCGACGUUUCCCGGCAUCAGGGACACUCACGACCAGCUCGAUAAAAUAUUCAAGGUGGUGGGCACGCCCACGGAGGAGAGCUGGUCCGGCGUGUCCCGGCUGCCGGGCGCGCGCGUGCACCUGUCCCGCGGCCCCUCCCCCGCGCGCCCCCUCAGCUCGGCGUUCCCGCUGCUGCGCGAGGCGGGGCGCGACGCCGAGCGGCUGGCGGCGGCGCUGCUGCAGCCCGACCCCGCGCGGCGGCUGCCCGCACACCGGGCCAUACACCACGCAUACUUCGCAUCCAUACCGCCCAGGAUACGGGACCUGCCCGACGAGGUGUCGAUCUUCACCGUGGAGGGCGUGUGCCUGCACGCGGAGGCCCGCCACGGCGCCGUCAAGUGAGCGCCCGCUGCAAGGGACGCUCCUAUUCCUAUAGUCUUAAUUGCGUAACGGCACCGACGCGUCUCCGCGGACCAAACUCGGGUUAGUUCUCUCGUCUAGAAUAAAAGUUGGGCAUCGAAUGCCCCCGCGGCGUCCCCCGCAGGCGCCCCCAUCCGGACCCCCCCCUCGGAUCGCUCCCCGUGACUAGCGCUUGUUAAGCUUCCGACGGAAUAUCCAUCCAUUUAAUUCAAUUAUUCUAUGGUGACAAGGUAACAGUUAGGUGACGAGUGUGUGAAUAUAUAUAUAUAUAUA